GUGAGGAAAAAAAUAUCUAUCUGUAGAUAUAAAGGAGGAUUUGAUGACAAACUAUAUACACCACGAGAAGUUGAUAGCCGAGCUAGCAAGAGAGAAAUAAAGAAGAUUCUGCAUCAUAAAGAAAAGACCCUUCCGGCACAUAUUAACAAGCAGAGAGCAUGGAAAAUUCAGUGAAGAAAAGCAAUGAGCACUCUGGAGAAGAAGAUAAGGAGAGAGACAUCCAAGAGAAUAACAAUGGACAUAUGUGCCUUGCCAUCACCAAUUGCAAUGGGGAGACACAUGCCAAAUUAGAUGAAAUUAUUACUCACUACGAGGGGACACUAAAUCAAAAAAUAUCACAUUUUUUGGGGUACCCCACUAAUCAAAACUUUGAUUACGACGCAUUGGCACCUUUGCUACAUUUUCACAUAAACAAUGCUGGAGAUCCAUUUAUGGGUAGUAGUUAUGGUGUAAAUUCAACAGAUUUUGAAAUCUCUGUGCUUGAUUGGUUUGCUAAAUUAUGGGAGAUAAAGAAAGGUGAGUAUUGGGGAUACGUCACAACUGGUGGGACUGAAGGAAAUCUUCAUGGGAUUUUAAUUGGAAGGGAGAAAUUUCCAGAUGGGAUUUUGUAUACCUCACAAGAUUCACAUUAUUCAAUAUUCAAGAUAGCAAGAAUAUAUAGAAUGCAAUGCAUAAAAGUUGGCACAUUGAUCAAUGGUGAGAUUGAUUGUGCUGAUCUAAAGACUCUACUUCUUGCUCAUAAGGACAAGCCAGCUAUCAUCAAUUUAAAUAUAGGAUCAACCAUGAAAGGAGCUAUUGAUAACAUUGAUAUGGUAAUUGAAACACUGGAGGAAAGAGGUUUUCCUCGCGAUCGUUUCUAUAUUCAUUGUGAUGGAGCUUUGUUCGGAAUGAUGCUGCCAUUUCUUGAACAGGCUCCAAGCAUUACCUUCAAGAAGUCCAUUGGAAGUAUAACCAUUUCAGGCCAUAAGUUUUUGGGAUGUCCAAUUCCUUGUGGUGUUUUAUUAACUCGUUUAGAACAUAUCAACACUUUAUGUAAAGAUGUUGAAGUGAUUGGUUCUAGGGAUACCACAAUUAGUGGUAGUCGAAGUGGACAUGCUUCAAUCUUUAUUUGGUAUGCUUUGCAAAAAAAGGGUUUAUUAGGGCUUGAGAAUGAAGUGCAUAAGUGCAUAAUGAAUGCAUGUUACCUAAAAAGGAAACUUCGCGAUGCUGGCAUUUGCACAAUGUUGAAUGAAUAUAGCAAUACAGUUGUUUUUGAGAAGCCUUUAGAUUGUGAGUUUAUUCGAAAAUGGAAUCUAGCUUAUGAAGGAGAUAUUGCACAUGUGGUGGUGAUGCAGCACGUUACUGUUGAAAUGUUGGACUCCUUUGUUGAUGAGUUUAUCAAAACAAGAUUGAGAAAGCCUUUGUGCCUUGCAGACAAAAUUGGUGCUGAAAAUUGUACCUGUAUACUGCAUAUUUGAUUCACAUAUAGGACAAAAUGUAUUGCAUAAUACUACCUCCGGUCCUAUUUAUAAGAGAAAUUUAGGUCAACAAAAGUGAAUGUAUUUGGACUGAAUUUUUAACUAGAUACAUCAACUUUUGUUGACCCAAAAUUCUCUUAUAAAUAGGACCGGAGGGAGUACAUAUUUGUAUUAAAUAUUUUACUCAAUGCUGUUGUCAUCAAUUUGUACCAAUAUUUUGGUGAAAUUUAUAAAUAAUGUGU